UUCUCAGGUGCUUUCCCUCAUCUGCCACAGACUAAUUGGCCAGCAGAUGGUUAAUGGGACAGAUGUUUUAAAGUGGCUGAGGGAGAUCCUCAUUUGCAGGAAUAAGUUUCUGCUGAAGAACAAGGAGUGUGCAGCAAUGGGUAGUGGCAUUCCCAUUUGUCGGAAGGCCCAAACCAAGCUGGAGGUGUGUCUCUACAUGUUUCUGUGGAGCCCUGAUACUGAGGCAGUCCUGGUGGCCAUGUCCUGUUUUCGCCAUCUUUGUGAGGAGGCAGACAUCCGCAGUGCAGCGGAUGAAGUUCCCAUCCAGACAAUUCUGCCAAAUUAUGCUACCUUUAAUGAAGUGGCCUCUGUCAGCACAAUUAUGGGAACAGCAGGAGUGGAUCAAUAUGACAGGCUUCCUGUGCGCCCUGGGGGGUGUGUGUCUUCAGCAGCGCAACAUCCCCGGUCCACCUACCUACAGCCCACCUAUGGGCCCUUUGUAUGAGCGUAAAGCUUCCGUGGGGCCCAGUGACAUGUCCACCACAGUGACCUCUUCCUGCUCUCCAUCGGCUACCAGUGAAACACCCGUCAGUCGCUUCCUUGACCGGCUAUUGGCUCUGCUUGUGUGUGGUCAUGACCGGGUUGGUCCUUCCGUUCGAACCAACGUUAAAGACCUGCUAGGGCUGGAACUCAGCCCAGCGCUCUACCCCAUGCUUUUCAACAAACUGAAAAACAGCAUUGGCAAGUUCUUUGACACACAGGGACCGGUAUGUGCGUAUCUUGGGUACUUUAGUCCCUGAGAUCCAGAUCAAAACCAAACUGUGCCAGCUAGUUGAAGUGAUGAUGGAGAGACGAGAUGACCUGUCUUUCUGCCAGGAGAUGAAGUUCAGGAAUAAGAUGGUGGAGUACCUGACAGACUGGGUGAUGGGAACUUCCAACCAAGUUACUGAUGAUGAUAUCAAGUGCUUGUUGAGAGACUUGGACCAGGCCAGUAUGGAAGCUGUGGUAUCCCUGCUGGCAGGUCUCCCUCUGCAGCCAGAGGAGGGUGAUGGAGUAGAACUAAUGGAGGCCAAGUCUCAACUUUUUCUGAAAUACUUCACCCUUUUCAUGAACUUGCUGAAUGACUGCAGUGAGGUUGAGGACGAUGGUCAGCCAGUGGGGGGACGGAAGAGAGGAAUGUCACGACGUCUGGCAUCCCUUCGUCACUGCACCAUCCAGGCCAUGUCCAACUUGCUCAAUGCUAAUGUGGACAGCGGCCUCAUGCACUCUAUUGGCUUGGGGUAUCACAAGGACCUUCAGACUCGAGCUACGUUCAUGGAGGUGCUGACUAAGAUCCUGCAGCAGGGGACUGAGUUUGACACGCUGGCUGAGACGGUGCUGGCUGACCGCUUUGAGAGGCUGGUGGAGCUUGUCACUAUGAUGGGGGACCAGGGGGAACUGCCCAUCGCCAUGGCCCUGGCUAAUGUGGUUCCUGGGUCUCAGUGGGUGGUGAGUCAGCGGUUCCCACAGAACAGCAUCGGUGCCGUAGGGAGUGCCAUGUUCCUACGCUUUGUUAACCCAGCCAUUGUGUCUCCCUAUGAGGCUGGCAUCCUCGAUAAGAAGCCCCUACCCAGAAUAGAACGAGGCCUUAAACUUAUGUCCAAGCGCAGCAUGGAGGAGAUGCUCACCACACUGCGUGAUGAAUGCUUGAGCAUGUUGAUGCACUACAUGGAGGAGUGCACUGAAGAACUCAACAGGGAUGCCAUCCAUUCUAUGUGGGAAGGAAGUGAGGCUGCCAAAAAGCAUGAUGUUGCCUAUGUUGCUUCUCUCAACCUGGCCCAGGAUCCAGACUCAACGGAAAAGAAGCCAGAAACAUCCCGAGAAUACGCAAACAAAUGGGCUAUGAGGAUGAGAGAGGCCUACAGAAUAGCAGCUCAGAACAGCCAGCAGUCCAGUACACGAGGCAAGAAGCAGUAUGACCGUCAUGUGAAGGGAGUCGUUCUGCAGCCCGGUGACAGGGUCUUGGUUCGUAACAUGGGCAAAUCGACUCAGGAAACUACACCAACAGGAGGAGCCAGACUGCAGCCUAUGCUCACAGCAGAGGAGCCUGUGAUGAGGAAGGAAGAUCAGUCCAGUGAGCUGGAAUGGACAGGUGACAAUGACUAUGCACAAAUCGCAAAAGAUGACUAUGAAGAGGACACUGGAGAGGAAGAUGGCUCUGCCAUAUAUGAGAGCUACCAGCACAACAACACCAUCUCCUGUGGCUCACUCAUUUCUCCUGUUAAAACAGGUUAUUUGUAUCUGUCUGCCUGUCCCUCCAUCCGGGACCUGCAACAGAUUCAUGGGGGCUCGUCCGGGAUCGGCGCCACAGCUUUAGAUGUACCGGCUGCUGAUCCAGUGAUACAUGAACACCGGGACCAGAACAACUACUUGCUGUUGUAG